UAUAUACUUGCCAUGGUGCGCACACCCGUGACCACCGUCGCCAGAGCGAGCCAAUUCUCGGAGUUGUUGCUGCCGCCCCCGCAGUCCCCAACGCGGGUCGCGACGAGCCAGGGAAAUCGUCGACCGCGAAAGGAAAGCUUGAUGUACCCCGAAGGCAGUCCGCAUCGCAUACACGCCAUGCACAAACAAGACAACGUGCUGGAGCUCAUCCAAGGGUGGAGCUCUCGGGUUGGAGAUUUGUGUCCGUACAUCGCGCCAUCCGCGGUCCAAGGUGUGGUCCGACACUCCCACGGUAGUCCAAAGCAGAGAAGACCCCUCCGCCACUCUGCCACCACGACGCAAUGUACUGCCACCAAGCUGCCGUCGCCGAAACGACCUGCUUGGGAUACAUCCACUCAGCCAACCACAUCAGCAGAAACCGCGUGCAACCUUCACAUCAUUCUCCACAACCACAAACUGGCCCUCGUCCACCGCACGUCGCACCUGUCGACACCUCCCACCUACUUGUCCAAACUACAAGGCACCGCACCCGUGUAUGGCUUGGCCAUGUUGAGCCCCGCAGACGAAGCCCGACGCGCGGCGCCGGUGGACUUCGCUAAGUCUGCCACGUGGACGCUCAAAGUGCAUCCGCUGCAUGCCAUCAACCUCGUGGAUCCUUGUCGCAUGCGCAAGGCGCACGUAUGCAGCCGCUUGCUUCGGCCGUUCGUGGAAGUCGUGUGUCCGGAUGGAGGAGGCGCGGCGAAGCGAUGCAAGCCGUCGGUGAGCUCUGGUCCAGCCCCCAUCUGGUCGAACGGGUGGCUCGUCGUCCCCCUCUCGAUCCCCCCUUCGACGUCAUCGUGCCCCACCGAGUUCCAAGUGUGCGUACUCAACAAGUGCUGUGACAAUGACAUCGUGGUCGGAACAACGUCAGUGUCGUUUGGAAACGCCGAUGGAAACCACCAAGGAUGCGCAUUUUACACGUUGCGGAAUCGCCGCGGCAAACCCACGGGCCAGAUCAAACUCAUGUUUGUGCUGCAGCCAGCCGACACCUCACCCCCUGUCCUUCCCCAGUGCCAGCAAUUGGAGGCCGCCCUGUCCCCCCGGGCCAAGUUCUUGUUUGGCGACGAACUGCGCAUGAAGAAAUCUAACCUCAAGCAUGUGGAGACAUCGCAUGUUGUGGUGGUCAAAGCCCCCAUCCAGCGUUCGAUUGAAGAAACACAGGCGAUGCUGAGCCGGAUCGAGGCAAGCGUUCGUGGCAGCACCACGGGCGUGCAGCUGUGGCCCGAGCGCGACUUUGGUGGCGAAGUGCCCGUGGGAGAAGGCAUCCAUGCAUGUGUAAAGCAGGUCCAAAUGAACGGCACAAUGCUGGCGGUAAAGGAAUACCGAUACCAAACCGCACAAGUCGUGCCUCCGCAUGGAGUGGUGCGCGCAUUCCAGCACGAAGUGGACAUGCUCCUGGCCAUCCAUCACGACAACAUUGUCGGUCUCGUGGGGGUCGUUCUCCACCCGCGGUUGGCACUGGUCACUGAGUACAUGGACUGCGGCAGCGUGUACUUGUGCCGCCACAACCCCAGACUUUGGACGUCCAUUACGCUCGAGCAGAAAGGUUACAUUGCCCUGCAAAUUGCAUGUGCAAUUUCAUAUUUGCAUCAAGCCAGCGUCAUCCAUCGAGACAUCAAGUCGCACAACAUUCUCUUGUCUGGACUGUCAAACAGUACCAUGCCCACAGCCAAGCUAUGCGACCUCGGUAGUGCGUUUGUGUACACUAACACGAAACCUACCGAGGAGGUUGGGACCUCGGGGUACAUUGCCCCCGAAGUCGCCAGUGGCCACGAGUACAUUUAUAUCGCCCCCACUUGUACAUCGCCGAUGACGUCAUACGUAUGCUGACACUAGGUAUUCGUUUCCCAGCGAUAUUUGGAGCUUUGGUAUAUUUUUGUGGGAAGUACUCACCCCGUCGACAUGCUCCAACCCGUUUGUGGGCCAGACCAACGACACCUUUGUCGACCAAGUGACGUCUGGCAUCCGUCCGUCGUUGGCAUUCGCUGGUGUGUACGCUCCGAUUCUCGACGAGUGCUGGCGCCUCAUUCCGAGCGAACGGCCCAGUGCCGAUACACUCGUGGCGCAACUCACAGCCCUCUUGCAAUAAUAGAAAAACAACACUAGCAA